GCGGAAUCGCAGUUUGACCCCGGAAGUGCCGGUGCUGUGGGAGCUGUCAUCGUGGACCGCGGCGGCUGUGCGGCGGCGAUACAGCGCCGGCAGUGGAGCCGCGGAGGAGGGUCAAUGCAGCACAAUGCCAGCUCUGCCCCUGGACCAACUCCAGAUCACCCACAAGGACCUGAAGACAGGGAAGCUGAGGACUUCACCAGCGCUGCACCCCGAGCAGAAGGCAGACCGGUAUUUUGUGUUAUACAAACCGCCCCCUAAAGACAACAUUCCCGCCCUAGUGGAGGAGUACCUGGAACGCGCCACCUUCGUAGCCAAUGACCUCGACUGGCUCCUGGCCCUGCCUCACGAUAAAUUCUGGUGCCAGGUUGUCUUCGACGAGACUCUGCAGAAGUGCCUGGACUCCUACCUGCACUAUGUCCCCCGAAAGUUUGACGAAUGGGUGGCCCCGGCCCCUGAGGUCGUUGACAUGGAGAAGCGCCUCCACCGAAGUGUUUUUCUCACCUUCCUUCGCAUGUCCACUCACAAGGAAUCCAAAGAUCACUUCAUUUCCCCCUCUGCUUUUGGAGAAAUCCUCUACAACAACUUCCUGUUUGACAUCCCAAAGAUACUGGACCUCUGUGUGCUCUUUGGAAAAGGCAACUCCCUGCUGUUGCAGAAGAUGAUAGGAAACAUCUUUCUCCAACAGCCAAGUUACUAUAAUGACCUGGAUGAAACCAUGCCCACCAUCCUUCAGGUCUUCAGCAACAUCCUCCAGCACUGUGGUUUGCAAGGGGACGGGGCCUGCGCCACGCCCCAGAAGCUUGAGGAGAGGGGCCGGCUGACCCCCAGUGACAUGCCUCUCCUGGAAUUAAAGGACGUCGACAUCGUUCUCUACCUUUGUGAUACCUGCACCACACUCUGGGCCUUUCUGGAUAUCUUCCCUUUGGCUUGCCCAACCUUCCAGAAACACGACUUCUGUUACAGGCUAGCUUCCUUUUACGAAAUAGCAAUUCCCGAACUGGAGUCUGCAAUUAAGAAGAGGAGGCUUGAAGAUAGCAAGCUGCUAGGUGAUCUGUGGCAGAGGCUCUCCCAUUCCAGGAAGAAGCUACUGGAGAUUUUUCACAUCCUCCUGAACCAGAUCUGCCUUCUCCCAGUCCUAGAAAGCACCUGUGACAACAUUCAGGGCUUCAUCGAAGAGUUCCUUCAGAUCUUCAGCUCCUUGCUGCAGGAGAAGAGGUUCCUCCGGGACUAUGAUGCGCUCUUCCCCGUGGCCGAUGACAUCAGCCUGUUGCAGCAGGCCUCGUCAGCCUUGGACGAGACUCGCACUGCCUACAUCCUCCAGGCAGUUGAGAGUGCAUGGGAAGGGGUGGACCGAAGGAAAGCCACCAAUGCCAAAGACCCACCGGUGGCUGAGAAUCCUAACGGGGUCAUGGAGGCGGCGGAGGCGGUCAGCAGACCGUCAUCGCUUCCCCAGAACUCGGAGGAAGAGGAGUGUCUGGGGGCAGUGGCUGCUCCAGGCCCCACCGUGUGUGGCGUGGAGCUGGACUCACUCAUCUCCCAGGUGAAGGACCUGCUGCCAGACCUUGGUGAGGGCUUCAUCCUGGCCUGCCUGGAGCACUACAGCUAUGACCCGGAGCAGGUGAUCAACAACAUCCUGGAGGGGCGGCUGGCCCCUGCCCUCAGCCAGCUGGACCGCGGCCUAGACAGACAGGUGAAGCCAGACCCGACUCCCCUGCUGGCGUCUCGUCACAACAUCUUCCAGAAUGAUGAGUUUGAUGUGUUCAACAGGGACUCAGUGGACCUGAGCCGGGUACACAAGGGCAGGAGGAAGGAGGAGAGCACGCGGAGCCUGCUGAACGACAAGCGGGAGGUGGUGGCGCAGCGGCGGCGCUACGAGCAGUACAGCGUGGUGGCAGAGGAGGUGCCAGUGCAGCCAGGGGAGGACUCGCCUUACCGCGGUGACGACUACGAGGAUGAGUAUGAUGACACAUAUGAUGGCAACCAGGUGGGCGCCAACGACGCAGACUCAGAUGAUGAGCUCAUCAGCCGCAGGCCCUUCACCAUCCCUCAGGUGCUGAGAACCAAAGUGCCCAGAGAAGGGCAGGAGGAGGACGAGGAGGAGGAGGAGGAGGAGGCUGAGGACGAGGCACCCAAGCCUGACCAUUUUGUGCAGGACCCUGCAGUGCUGCGGGAAAAAGCAGAAGCCAGGCGCAUGGCCUUCCUGGCCAGGAAGGGGUACCGGCAUGACAGCUCGACGGCAGUGGCUGGCAGCCCCCGGGGCCACGGGCAGAGCCGAGAAACAGCACAGGAACGUAGGAAGAAGGAAUCCAACAAGGCCACACGAGCCAACCACAACCGGAGAACCAUGACCGACCGCAAAAGAAGCAAAGGCAUGAUUCCAUCCUGAGGCCGCUGCACCAGGGCCAGCCAGACCUGCCAGGCUGAGGUACCAUAGCCUGGGGCCUCCUCGCCACUUGGCCCCCUGCCAGGCCCCAAGUUCAAGUCCACCCCUCGACAGCCUCAGCUUCGCAGCCCCUGAGAAGGCCACCUCAUCGUCUGCCAGCCAGCCGUGAGCGCCAUCCUGCAGAACACACAGUGCCUUAUCCACAGCAGAGGAACCGAGCGGCCAGCGCGCAGGUGCAAGGGACAGGGUUGGAGCCCCAAGGCCAGCCCCCAAACCUCAUGCAGCCGGACACCACAUCCCUUUCUCCCUGGACGGCAGGAAACCUGUGUAUUCAAAAACAAAAAAAGACACAAAAAAAGCCCUGCGAAUAAAGUUUUGACCCUUUCAAGAAA